GCGCAGGAUUCUCUCCCGUGCCCUCUCGACGCCAGAAGGGUUUCAGUCGGGCGUCGGUAGAGACGUUUGCAGCGACGGUCAGUGGCUCUCCUGGCAGGAAGCAGCGUCGCGGUGCAUUGGAACAGUGACAGGAGGACAUGACAGUUACAGUAAUCCUUUGAUGUGCCCCGCUGUUCGGUGUUUCUGUAGCAACGCACUUUGUAUUUAUCUCGCUAUAUGGAUAAACACUUGCCACUGAUCACAAUGCAUUUCAGAUGUAUCAAAUUAAAAUGUUCUUAGUGCUAAGUAUUGUCAAAGUUAUAAUUUCACCCUCAGACUCUGAAGUUGCUUGAAGCAUGUGAUCGUGGCGUGAGGUUCAGCCAGAGUGGUUUGUUAAAACAGUGCUGAAAGUUUUAACAGAAUAAGCCUCUCCUUUGUACCAAGUGUGUAGAAGAGAUAAAGUCUAUAGUUCAGGAAGGAAUCCAAGAUUUGUUUAAUAGGCACUGCCAGGCUGAACGUGAACGUGGAUGCUUAUCAGUUAACUUUUAACCAAGUGUUGAUGUCUUAAUACUGCUUCAUAGUGGUACUUUGCUGUGUAUGAAGUGUGUAGACAGUUUCGUGUAUGAUAAACAAUGGUUCUUGUCUUGCUUAUUAAGCAGCUCAGAUUGUGUGGUGAAUGAAUAUUAGCGAUUCUUGAGCUCAAACCGCUUGUGUGAACACAGUGAAUGGGCCACAGAACGUGGCAUUUUUAGUGCAAAUUGUGACUGCAUCGUUAGUUUGUUAUUUGCUUCAUAGCAACCAGGAAUAAUACAAACAUUAUCUGCAAGAAUUUGUCGACUGCAAGCUUGUAAUAACGCAUCACAUUUUCGGUGCAAACUGCGUAGGAGGCAUGCCUUGACAGACACCAGACAAGCAAGGUUGCAACUGUUGGAAGGCUUAUCGUCACAUGACUCCAAGAAGACAGGAUUUCUUCUCAUCACGCAAGAUGCUGUUUCUGGGACUCGCCUUUCAUCUGUUCUUGCUGCUUAGUCCCAGUGCUGCCAGAAUCGGAUACUUCUGGCAUAUAACUGACAUUCACUAUGACGUCCAUUAUUCAGUAUCAGGCGACAUCCGAAAAUCCUGCCGGCGCACAGAGAACAAGCUUGGUGGCGCGGUUGGCAACAGCAGGCCCGCGGGCCGCUUCGGAGAUCAUAACUGCGACUCGCCGUGGGACCUGGUCGAGUCUGCCGCCAAGGCGAUGAAAAGCAAACAUGGCGACAAUAUCGAGUUCGUUCUGUGGACGGGGGACGGUGUGGCGCACUCCCCUGGCGUCUCUGGGGAUCACCAGCUGGAGAGGUUGAAGAACCUCACCCACCUCCUACGUCACACCUUCAGUAGCCAGUUCGUGUUCCCGGUGCUGGGACACGACGACCCGAACCCAGGAUUGCACUUUGGACAGGGAUACAGGGACGUUGCCAACUACUGGAGACCGUGGCUGCCCACCGAGGCGAUCCAGACCUUCAACAAAGGGGGCUACUACACGAUCGAGCGGAAACUUCAGAAGCUACGGCUUGUGAUGCUGAACACGAACCUCUGUUCCGACAUCGUGGGGAACGAGGAGGACCCGGCGGGCCAAUGGGCCUGGCUGGAGGAAACGCUACAAAAGUCACAGCGCAACAGGGAGACGGUCUAUCUGGUGGGACAUAUGCCUCCAGGGGUCGACGAGCGACAGAACGGUGGCAUAUCCCCCUACCAUGAAGUCUUCCAGGCGAGGUUUAACCAGAGGUACCUGAGGCUUGUCCGAAAAUAUUCGGAUAUAAUCGUGGGUCAGUUUUUCGGACACCUGCACUCAGAUUCCUUUCGAAUUGUCUACAGCGACACUGGUCGCCCUGUGUCGUGGAUUUUCCUCACCCCAGCUGUUUCGCCCAAGAAGACUCCCAGUGGUGCCAACAAUCCGGGACUACGGCUGUAUAAGUUUGACACCGACUCUGGACAGGUUCUGGACUACAGACAGUAUUAUCUGGACCUCGAUGCAGCCAAUCGACAGAACGUAGCUGAAUGGCAGCCCGAAUACAACUUCACCGACCAUUAUGGCUUGAAUGAGGUUUCGGCACACGAACUACAUAAUCUGGUCGAAAGCUUUGCGGUACAAGAAGGAGCAACGCUUUUUUCCAGAUAUUAUCGGGCCAACUCCGUGAGAUUUCAUCACAACACAGAAGGAUGUGACGCUAGCUGUGCACACACCCAUUAUUGUGCUAUCACGAGGCUUGACUACCAAGAGUUCCGCAGUUGUCUAGAAACCGCAGCCAGUGCCCUUGCAUCUGCAGGGGUGAUUGCACUUUGCAUCCCCUGGAGCCUCUUGGUCUUGCUGCUUAUGCCAUUAUUGCAUGCUUUAGUUCAGUCGGUCCUAAUGCCAUCUUUCGGAGGUCUGCACUACUCUUGAUAACACGUUUACUCAAAUGCCCUAGACAAACGCAAGGUCAAGUUGUUGAUGUACAUUUUUUAGUAAUGUAAAAUAAAAUAAAUGAACCUGCAACAGGUAAAACUUUGGGAAAGAAUACUGGUGGUAAGCAGAGACAAGAAAAAUGUUGUGAGGAAUAUUUUAUUUGAUCAUAAGUGCGAGUCUAAAGCGGCCCGUCCACGUACGAGUCUGACUUGCGAGUCUCGCUCAGAUAUAUAUCACCACGCAUGCGUAGCAGACUCGGCACGUGACACCCCACCCACAAACGAAUUUGGCCGAGCCAGACUCGUACGUGGAUGGGCCGCAUAAGUCACUCUGUUCUUCACGUAAUUCCAUUUUUGGUAAUGGAACAGUAACACUACUCCACCAGUCGACGGAACCUGGCUUGUUGUUCCAGUAUUACAUUGUAUAAUCAUCAUUGACGUCUUGCACGCAAAAGUGACCAACUUACUCGGCUUGACAUGCAAAAUACAGGUGUAUAGGUGAUUUGUCCAAAAGACUGGUUAUAGAAACCAGUAAAAUAUGGAGCACAAAUACUUUUUACCUUGAACAAAUUACAAAUUUGAAAAACCGUAAAAAAAAUUUUAUAUGGAACAAAUCUGUCUAUCUAUAUCUCUGAUGAAUGACUCAUAUUAAUGAUUUGCCUUAUUUUCAAUUUUUUAUUUUAUUUUAUGGAACCUUUAUUCUGCUGAAUGUUAUACGAUGACUUUGAUACCAGGUGCCUUUAAGGCGAGUGUUGAACCGAAGACGUUUGGAUGUUAUUAUACUAAAGCAUGAAGUGUCCUGAAUGCCCUGAGAGAAUACAGAAUUUAAUAUUCUCAUGUGGUAAGAAAAGUAAAUUAUGAUUUUUAUUUGCAAUAUCUGUAGUAGCAUAUAAAAAUUUGAUACAGUAAACUCUUGAUUAUCCGGUCCGCAGAUUAUCUGUACACAUCUCCGUGCAUGACUUGUCUUUUUGCGAGGCACGAGAGUGGACCUGACAUCUUUGACGGAGGUGGGGGUAAAAUUCUGUGCUACUAGCGGACCGAGAAACACCCGCAACUAGGCCGUACGUCGUGAGCUAAUGUACUGCCUGACUGAGAGCAUAAUGUUCUUAUGUAAGGAAUACGUCACCAGCGCAUGCGCAGAACCCAAUUUCCCCCGGCCACACGAGCAAUGGCUGACAAGGCCAAGUCUACUCUCGUGGCUCGCGGACAAUGAAUUCACCAUCGUUCCAUGCUGUACUGUCUAGUUCAGGACAGCCAUUUUUGGGAGGGUCUACAGAAGAUAUGGUUGAACCAUUACAAACUGUUUUGAAAAAAUAAAUGCCACUUCUAUAAAAGCAAAUAUAAAUAUUUUGGAUUAUCCAUGUUUUUCAGUUAUUCAUGGGCCUUCUAUCCUUCAUUAGCCAAGGUAAUUGGGAGUUUACUGUAUAAACUGUCCAGUCAGACGCAUAAGACUCUUCAAAAGUUUACUGCGUGAAAUUAUGUUUCCUCUAGAAUCGUACACGAAAAUAUCAAAUUGCAGAGAAGGGAAAAUAACUUGACUCUGCGACCAGGAUGCUAUUUUCAAUGUAAUAUAUAUUUUUGUAUAAAAAGUAUGUUUAUGUGAUACAUUUUUUUAAGCCUGAGCUGUAAAUAACAUUGUCCAUUAUUGUGAUGAUUGAAAGUUUUGUUAGCUUUGUUUUCAUCUAUUCAUUUGCUCAGAAAGAGACUUAAAUUUCGCCAUGAAUGUUUUUCUUUCAUAUAUAGUAUCCAUGUCUUAUAACAAAUACUGUUGUGUGUUUAAAUUUUGGCAGGUGUUGAUGGAAGCCAAGAAUAUAUAUACAAUUACAUUCCCCUAGCUUGAACUAGUAGGCUUUUCAGCUUGCAGCAUUAACAGUUUGUUGAUACAAUUGCUCCUGACUACAGACAGUUCAUAAAACUCACACCAGAGGAUCUGUUUAAUGCUGCUCUUCUGCUGCUAUCUGUUGGUCGUCUUGUGAGUUAUAUCAGUCUUACUUUGAUAUAGUGAUUUCAAAUGCAGGAGCAACAAAACCUACCUGAAGGACACAUGUGACCAGGACAGUUUGAUAAUUAUGAACGUUUGCAAUUAAGACUUGUGUUUCUUAUGGUGACAGAACUCAAGGCCUCUGGCCCAAUUAUGUUAUUCAAAAUAGUAUAUUAAACAGUUUUAUGGAGAUGUUCAGUGUCGAUGUUCAAUACAAAUAAAAUGAUUUUAUUCUAACAGCA